AUGAUUAAGUUAAAGCAUAAAUAAAAAAAGUUCAUCUAAUAUUAACAUAAAUUAAGAAGUUUAAAUGCUUUGAGAUUAAUUUUGCAACACUUGAUAACUUUAGAACCAUUUUGUAUAAAAAUUACAUAUUAUAGAUUUGAAUAUGUUAAAAAGCUUGAAUAACAAUUCUUCUCUAAUGAAGAUAAUCAAACUAAAGUAUUUGAGGAUAUUAAUUAUCAAAAAGUUUAUCAAUAACUAACCAAUCAAAAUACUGAUUGGUAAUAAAUAAUCAAUUUUUUAAAAUAAAAAGAUUUUUGUGAAUAAAAUAAUAUUAAUUUAACAAUUACAGAUAAUUUGGAAAUUAUUUCAAAACUUAAAGAUAAAGUAUUUGAUCUAUUAAGAUUAAAUCAUUUAACUUAAAUUGAAGAAUUUGGAUAUCCUUACAUAGACAUAUUUAAAAUUUUGCUAAGUUUCAUAGAGAAAAAUAAGGAUCUUGAUGAAUCAGAACAAAGAAUAUUGUAAAUGGUUGUUGGAUCUUUAUUAGAAAAACAAAUAUUAUAAUUUUUAGAAUUUGAAAAUACUAUAAUGGAAUCAGACUAAUUUGAAGCAACAAAAAAAAUUAUAAUCGCUUUAUAAAUGGAAGCAAAAAAAUAUCAAGAUUUUUAAAUGGAACUCUCUUCCCUUUCUUUUGAUUAGAAAAACUUUAUUAAGCUUUGCACCAUUUAAACGAAAGAAAAAUUACUUGAACAUGUUAAAAAAUAGAUUUCACUUUUGUUAUAUAGCAAGAACUUUAAAUGGGAAAAAGAAAUUGAUCUUAGAAAAAUAGAUUAACAUUUUCUCUUGUAUGAUGGAUUCGAAAGUUUAUAUUUUAGUACAAUAUUUUACUUUUUGCAGUGUUAUUGUUACUAAAAAUAUGGUGAAUUAACUAAGUUUUAAAAUAACUUAAAAUAACUCAAUAAGAUUGAAUAAACAUAAAGGUUUAUAAAAAAUUUCAUUUCUAAAACAAAAGAAAAAAGUUAAGAUUAAAUUUAUCUUUUUGUUAUUAAUCAUUCUGUACAAUUUACAAAUAAGUAAGAAGAAUAUCUUGAAAAAGAAAAAAUAAUUAAAUAUAAACAACUUUUGCUUGAUAAAGAGAGGCUAAUCUAUCAAUUACUUGAAAAAAAUGUUGAAGGAAAUGUCAAAACUAACAUAUUUUAUGAAUUAAGAUUCAUUCCUUUAUUAAGAUUAAAAAAAAUAGUUUCUCAAUUAAAAAAAAUUGGGAAUGAAAAUAUUGAUUAAUUUCUUGGAAAUUAGAAUAUUGAUAAAGUUAUAGGAAAUAAAAAUAUUGAUUAAUUGAUUGGAAGUGAGAAUAUUGAUUAAGUUGUUGGGAAUGAAAAUAUUGACUAAUUUAUUGUAAAUUAGAAUAUUGAUAAAGUUAUAGGAAAUAAAAAUAUUGAUUAAUUGAUUGGAAGUGAGAAUAUUGAUUAAGUUGUUGGGAAUGAAAAUAUUGACUAAUUUAUUGUAAAUUAGAAUAUUGAUAAAGUUAUAGGAAAUAAAAAUAUUGAUUAAUUGAUUGGAAGUGAGAAUAUUGAUUAAGUUGUUGGGAAUGAAAAUAUUGACUAAUUUAUUGUAAAUUAGAAUAUUGAUAAAGUUAUAGGAAAUAAAAAUAUUGAUUAAUUGAUUGGNAUAUGUUAAAAAGCUUGAAUAACAAUUCUUCUCUAAUGAAGAUAAUCAAACUAAAGUAUUUGAGGAUAUUAAUUAUCAAAAAGUUUAUCAAUAACUAACCAAUCAAAAUACUGAUUGGUAAUAAAUAAUCAAUUUUUUAAAAUAAAAAGAUUUUUGUGAAUAAAAUAAUAUUAAUUUAACAAUUACAGAUAAUUUGGAAAUUAUUUCAAAACUUAAAGAUAAAGUAUUUGAUCUAUUAAGAUUAAAUCAUUUAACUUAAAUUGAAGAAUUUGGAUAUCCUUACAUAGACAUAUUUAAAAUUUUGCUAAGUUUCAUAGAGAAAAAUAAGGAUCUUGAUGAAUCAGAACAAAGAAUAUUGUAAAUGGUUGUUGGAUCUUUAUUAGAAAAACAAAUAUUAUAAUUUUUAGAAUUUGAAAAUACUAUAAUGGAAUCAGACUAAUUUGAAGCAACAAAAAAAAUUAUAAUCGCUUUAUAAAUGGAAGCAAAAAAAUAUCAAGAUUUUUAAAUGGAACUCUCUUCCCUUUCUUUUGAUUAGAAAAACUUUAUUAAGCUUUGCACCAUUUAAACGAAAGAAAAAUUACUUGAACAUGUUAAAAAAUAGAUUUCACUUUUGUUAUAUAGCAAGAACUUUAAAUGGGAAAAAGAAAUUGAUCUUAGAAAAAUAGAUUAACAUUUUCUCUUGUAUGAUGGAUUCGAAAGUUUAUAUUUUAGUACAAUAUUUUACUUUUUGCAGUGUUAUUGUUACUAAAAAUAUGGUGAAUUAACUAAGUUUUAAAAUAACUUAAAAUAACUCAAUAAGAUUGAAUAAACAUAAAGGUUUAUAAAAAAUUUCAUUUCUAAAACAAAAGAAAAAAGUUAAGAUUAAAUUUAUCUUUUUGUUAUUAAUCAUUCUGUACAAUUUACAAAUAAGUAAGAAGAAUAUCUUGAAAAAGAAAAAAUAAUUAAAUAUAAACAACUUUUGCUUGAUAAAGAGAGGCUAAUCUAUCAAUUACUUGAAAAAAAUGUUGAAGGAAAUGUCAAAACUAACAUAUUUUAUGAAUUAAGAUUCAUUCCUUUAUUAAGAUUAAAAAAAAUAGUUUCUCAAUUAAAAAAAAUUGGGAAUGAAAAUAUUGAUUAAUUUCUUGGAAAUUAGAAUAUUGAUAAAGUUAUAGGAAAUAAAAAUAUUGAUUAAUUGAUUGGAAGUGAGAAUAUUGAUUAAGUUGUUGGGAAUGAAAAUAUUGACUAAUUUAUUGUAAAUUAGAAUAUUGAUAAAGUUAUAGGAAAUAAAAAUAUUGAUUAAAUUAUUGGAAGUGAGAAUAUUGAUUAAAUUAUUGGAAGUAAAAAUGGUGAUUAAAUUAUUGGAAAUGAGAAUAUUGAUUAAGUUACUAAGAAUGAUGAAAGUCAAAAACCAUAAGACAAAAAUGUACUUUAGGAAAAGCUGUAGAGCUCUGUAUGGUUAUUACAUAACACUAGUAAUAAAUAUUUUAACCAAACCUUAACUGAUUAACAGAUGUUCAUUACUUUUCUUUUAUUUUCAAAUCCUUUGAGAGAAUUUAAUAAUGACAUUAAAAAAAAGUUGGUAUAAACAUUCUUAUUUCAUACUAGUAAUGAUAUAAAUUUUUUUAUCAAUGAAUUAAUAAAUCAAGAAAAAAAUUUAUUUUAUGGAGAAAUAGUGUUAUUAUUAGAAAUAUUAAAACAAAAAUUUCAAGAAGAAAUUUAAAACAUCUUAAAUCUUUAUAAUUUAAAUAUUUCUUUUAAGCAAUUAAAAACUUUAAUGCUUCUAAUGAAAUUUUUUAAUUUUAAUUAUCCUUUAGCAAGACAAUAAUAAUUAAAUUAGAGAUCGAUAUUUGAAGAUUUAUUGGAUGAGUUAAGUUUAUUAAAUGAAAAAGAGAAAUUUUCUCUUAGAUUACUAUUAGGAAAGAAGAAAUUUUAAAUCCUUAUAGGGGAAUUGAUUAAUUAAUAUUUAAUUUCAGAUAUUUUAAAUAGAAAGAAAUACAUGCAAAUCUUAAAAAAAUUUAUUCCAAUGUGCUCUGGAAAAUAUGAAUAAAAGAUUUAAACCUUCAUUGUAUUAUUUUCUUGUCUAAUUCCCUGGUUAUUGAAUUAUUUAUUAUUAAUAAACAAAAAGUCAGAUAUUACUGAAGGUAUUUUUAAAAGAACUUUAAUAAUCAUUUUCACUAUAAUUUCUAAAAAGAAUGAAUAGUUUUCUAAAUAUAUGGUUUAAAACUUGCAUAUCCUUUUUGAUAAACCUUGCUAUAAAUUUGAUUUAAUAUGGAAGGUUAGAGAAAAAUAAGUUAGUGAUAAGCUAAAUUUCAAGUUGAACUUAAUACAAUUUUUUUAUUGUUAACAACUUUAUGAAAGCUUAUCCAAAGAAUGCUAUAUAUUAUUUAAAGAACAUCCUUUAUUUUAUGAAGAUUAUUUAGGUAAGGUAAAUUACUUUGGAAAUAUCAAAAUACAUUCUUCUUAUUUUCUUUAUAAGGAAACUUUUGAAGGUUGUCCUUAGGAAGGUAAUUUUUCACUUGAAGAUUUUAAUAUUUCAUUAACAGAAACAUCUUAGGAAUAAGAGAAAAUUAUAGUUCAGGAUUGGUUAGAUGACAUAAAAGAUAAAUCAAAAUUUAAAAAAUUAAUUCCUUUUUUUUUUAAUAUAAUUAAGAGAGGAGAAUCAUCGACAAAAUUACUCUCCAUAAUCACUACAUACAGACGCAAGGGUUAAGAAUCAAUUAAAAUUACCAGUAAUAUGAAAGCCUUGUUCUAAUUAUUUUUCAAUAAUUCUAAUGAGGAACUCUAAGUUAUGUUGCUUAAACUCUAUUCAAAUAUGUUUCCAGUUCCUUUAAUUUUUUAAAAUCCAAAUCUAUGCAAUAUAAAUAAGGAAACAGAUUUAUAUAUUUUUAAUGAAAAACUGUAUUAUGUAUUUUAAAAAUCAUUUACUAUUAUUAAUUUAUCCCUAAGCAAAAGAUAAACUUAGAUAGGAAAAACUGAGCUCAUUAAUGAAAUAUUUUAUAAGUAAGAAAAAUUUGAGACAUAAGAUACAUGUCAGUUAAACAAUAAUACAAUUGAUAUCAUGUUUGAUACAUAAUUUAAUGGUUCAAGAAACCUCAGUGUUGCUGAUGCUCAUGGAUAAAUCCCAAUUGAUAUAUUAAUUAAAAUUUUGCCCUUAUUUCAAUUGUGGAUUAUAUAGGUAGAUUCAGAGAUAGAUCUAAGUGAGACUGAAAAUAAGUUAAAUUAAAUCACUUAAAUUAUUCCUAAAGAAAAUCAUAACAUUUGUAUAAUCAUAAGGAAUCAUCAAGAAAUUGAAGAAAAAAUUGAAGAAUAUAAUAAAAUGAAAAUUAGGUUUGAAAGUGAAGGAAUAAGGCUUCAUAAAAUUAUUGAUUUAGCUUAGAAAGGUUUAGAUAAAUCUUAAAGAGAGUUACAAUUUUAACAAGCCUAAGCUUUUAUUUUUAAUGAAAUAUAUAAUCGAAAUAAAUAACCACCCUUAAAAACUGAACAAGAAUUUUUAUAAAUUAUAAAAAAUUUUGAUACAGGAUAAAAAUAAAUAUCCAAAAGAUUUUUGUAGGAUAGAGCCAUAAUAAAAGACUUAGAAGAGGAAUUGAAUAGAUUAAUAUUGAAGCCUUUAGGGUUUUAUGAUUAAGAUGCCUUUCCAAUUAGAUCUAUAGAAUAUUAAUUAAAGGUUCUAAGAGAAAUAUAAAAUGAAAACAUUCAGUAAGGAUAAGGGAAUAAUUUGAGCUAAAUAAAAUUUUAAUCCUAAAAUAAUUAACAUGAAAAAAAUUCCAAUUAAUUAUCAUAACAAGAAAUAAAACAGAAGAUUAGCGAUUUAGAAGAUUAAAUCAAGAAUUAGAAAUUAUCAGUUCUUUUAAAAAUGUUUUGCAAAAUGUUUUAAUAAAGUUCUUACUAUAUUCUUUAUUUAUAAUUCACUGAUUAAGUUAGAAAAUUUAAUGAACUAAACACAUAUAAAUUGCAGGAAGAAAAUUAAGAAAUUAAUGAUCAAUUAAUGAAGCUUAAAAAAGAGAGAGAUGUCAUAAAGCUUAAAAAGUCUGAUAUUAAAUAAGAAACUGAAUCUAUUUUAAUUAAUGAUUAAAAAAAUCAAGAAUAUAAAAAAUAACAGGAUGAACUUAAAGAUAGACUAAAAAAAAAUUUAGAGGAUAUUGGAUUCAGAAAUAUAGGAAUAGAAAUUUUUUGGAGGGAACUCAUUGCAAUAAAUCAAAGAUGUAUGGUUAAUACUAUAAUUGAUCCUGCUGAUAAAGUUUAUGAAAUGAUUAAGAAAGGUGAACCUUUUGAAUUUCUUGAUGGAGAUUGUCUCUAAAUAAAUGAAAAAUUUUUAGACUAAUUGAAGAAUAAAUUCACAGGAUCAGGAAAUGAAAAACUAUUAGUAAUAAGUGUUUUAGGACCUCAAAGCUCAGGCAAAUCUACUAUCUUAAAUAAAAUAUUUGGUUGCCAUUUUUGGACAAGUGUCGGAAGAUGUACCAAGGGAAUUUAUUUGAAUUUGUUGAAAAUACAAUUUAAGGAAUACUUUAAUAAUUUAUUUGAUUAUAUUUUAAUACUUGAUUCGGAGGGAUUACAGAAUCCAAAUUAAGUUGAUCCAGAAUUUGAUAAAAAAAUUGCUCUUUUUGUGUUGGCUAUAAGUGACAUCAUUCUGAUAAAUGUUAAAGGAGAUAUUCACCAACAAUUUAAAAAUUUAGUGGAAAUGUGUAUUUUUACUUUGGUGAGUAUGAAAACUAACCUUUCUUCAAUAAAACAAUUAACUUGGUGUUUUAAUUAAAAUAAUGAUGCAAACAACUUUGCCCCUUUUUUAAAUCAGAUUUAAGGAAUUGCCAAUAAUUUAAAUUUAGAAUACAAUACUGAAGGAGAUGAAAAAAAUAAGACAAUCGAUUAUAAUGAAUUUUUGAAUAUAUCUAAAGAUAAUAUUUAAAUAUUAGGAUUUGCAUGUAUUGAAAAGUUAUGGAGAAAAAAUGAAAGUUUAGGUAUUGUUAAAGAUUAAAGGUAAUUAAUAAUUAACGAAACCUUCUCGGAGGAGGCUUAUCUUUUUGGGAUAAGAAUGAUUAAGAAUUUUAUUUAGAAGUUUUAAUCUUAAAAUGACACUUUUCAAAUGUAAAGUUUGAGUUUGUUUAUAUAGAAUAUAAGUACAAAUUGGUAAACUAUUUGUAAUUUACCAGAUUUAUUGGAAUUUGCUGAAUUAAUUCAAUAUAAGCAAGAUUAAAUAAUGAAAAAAAAAUUUGAACAAAUAUAUGAUUAAGAAGAUUUUAAUUUUGUAAAUGAAAUAGGAGCUUAAAUUAAUGAUUAAAUAAGUAACAACCCUCAAAAAAAUUUGACUUAUUUCAAUUAAAUUUAAGUUGAUAAAAAUGAAGAACUUAGAUAAAGGUUUAUUCAGAUUGAAAAAGAUAUUGAAGAAAAACUUUUUGCAUUUAAAUAAGAUUAACGAAUUUAGAAAAAAAUUUAUCUAAAAUAUAUAAAGCAAUUAAGCUAGCGCAUAAAUAGCUCCUUAAAAAAUUCAGAAAUUGUAGUAUUUGAAGAAAUAAAAAAUAUAGAAAGAGAGUAUCAGAACAAAAAAGGAUUUAAGUCACUUGAUGACUUUAUUCUUAAUAUUAGUUCUGAUCCAAAAAUGCUAUCUACACUCAAACAAAAUGAAGAAUAAAUUAUUAAUGCUUUUAAUGAAUUAUGGGGUGAAAUUACAAAUGAAUCAGAGCAGAAACAAAGUGAAAUCCUAAGAGAAUAUUCUAUUAAGUAAUAUCAAUGUAUUUUAUCUUCAUUCAAUGAAUACAAAUUAUCAACAGAUAAUGAAAAUUUUUAUAUUCGUUCUUUUCUUGAAAAUAUUAAUAAUAAUUCUCCUUUCAGACUAGAAGUAGACGAAAGAAUUUAAAUUUAUAAUAUUUUUGAAUUAGAAUUAAAAUAAUAAAGUUUAUUUAGAGCAAUUCCUUAUACAAAAGAAACAACAAGAUAUGUAGAAAUUUUCAAUCAAAAUUUGGAGGAUAGAAUGAAAUAAAAGAAGGAAAAAUAUGAUGUAAUAGACAUAAACAAUUUUUAUGAAUAUCAAAUGACAAUUACAUACGUUGAAAAAAAAAAAUUAAUUGAAUAUAUAAAAGGGAACAAUAAAAAAUAGCAAAAUAGUAUUAUUCACGAUUUAUAAUUAAUAUUAUAAUAAAAUGAAAAUAUUGAAGGAAAGAUGAAGAAUACAAAGUCUUCCGAUUAUCAUUCUUAAAAUCAUCCAAAUACCAAGAAUUAACAUUCCCAUGGGUAACAUGCAACAUAAAAAUACUAAAUUGUCUAAUCUAAAGUUUAAAAAUUAUUGCAAAUAUUGGACUAUAUUGAUUUUGAAUAUAAUAUAGAGCUUAAAAAUAUAUUGAAUGAAAAAAUAAAAAACCCAUCUUCUAUAUUGUGGGGGCUGUUGCAAAGCGAAAAUGAUUCAGUCAAAAAUGCUUUUGAAAAAUUUAUAGAUUCUGUGAAAUUGCCUGAAAAUAAAAAAAAGUAAAACUCAAUGAAAAAUUCCAUUGAAUUUUUGAAAGAUAUUAAAGAAUUCAAUUAAGGAUUAAGAUUAAGUGAAACUUAAAAGACUUGCCUGACAUAUAAAGAAGUUUAGGAAUUUAUUUUAAAUUUUGAGCAUCAAAUUCUAUAUUUUGAAUAAACAAUAGUUCCUUAACAAAAAUAUUAAUAUAUAGAAUCCAGCUUAAGGUAUAUCUAGAAGAAGAAGGAUAAUUUUAAUGAACAGAGUUUUAAACUCUCUUUUAUUAAAGAGUGUUAAAUAAAUAUGUUUCAAGAGAACUAGGUAAAAUUAUAAAAAGAAAAUUGUGAAAAAAAUGGAUUUUCAAAAUUUGAAAAUUUAAAUAGUUGGUAAAUGUUGUGUUACUCAAUUUAUGAUUUAAUUAAAUCCGAAAUGACAAAUUCAAAUUCUAAAGUCAAUAAUAAAAAAGAAAACUCUGAUAGUGAAGAGAUUUCUUAAUAGAACACCAGCUUGAUAAAAAUUAUUAUGUCCAAAAUAGAAUAAGAAAUAUUACUUUAUAACAAAUCUUUUGCUAAUUUUGGCAUAAUACUGAGUGGAAUUGGAGAAAGAUGCAUAUAUUAUUAUUCUAUGUUAAUAAUUUGGAGAUUUACCUGCUAUAAAAAAGGCAAAGGAGUUUAAGAUAGUAAAUAAAAGUUUGAAAGUCUUAAAUAAAAUUAAUUAUAGAAAUUUAUUGCUGACAUCAAAUAAAAUAAAACUGAAUAGAGUAAAUUAAAAGCUGAGGUUUUUAUCAGGAACUUUUAUAAACGUUUCAUAGAGCAAUUUUAUAGAGAUAAUUAAAAUAUUUUUUGUACAGAAAUCAAAAACAAGAAUAAAAUGAAUAGUGCAUAAUUAAUAAAGUUAUUAGAUAAGACCAUAUUAGAGGAUUAUUAAGAAGAUUAUAAUUUAAAAAAAUAUACUGAUUAAGAAAUAUUCCAAUAUAUUACAGAUUAAAGCAAAUUUAUUGAGAAUUAUGUUUAAAAAGAAGUUAAUAAAAUAGAAGUUGAAAUAAAAGAUUAAUAUUAGAAUAAAUUAAGAAGCACGUUAUUAACAAUUUUAGAAAAACUAAAAUUUAACAUUUAAAAAUUAAGAUAGCAUACUGACAUUUAAACUCCUCCAGUUAAAUCUAAAGAAUAUUUUAUAAUCAAUGAUAAUGAUGACAAAAAAGAUGAGUUUUAUGAAAUUAAACUUUUUCAAUUGAUAAUCUCUAGUCUUCAAGGGGAUAAGAAUUAAUUACUUAAACAAGUUGAAUCGUAAAUUCAGAAUGAAUAUUACGAGAUUUUUUGGAAUGAUCAAUAUCAAAAGUUAGAAGUCAAUAUUUUAGAUAAAAUUUAGUUUUAGGAAUCAGAAUUAUAAAUUUAACUAUUGUAACCUUUCGCAAUUGAAUUGGAAAAUUAGUUAAACAUUCAUAUUGAAUAGGGAAAGCAAGAAAAUAUAUCUUUGGGAGAAUUUAAAAGUUAUCAUGAACUAUAAACUAUAAAAUUAAAUAUGAUAGGCUGUCUUCAUACCUGUCCAAUGUGUAAGCGUAAAUGUGAUUAAGAAAAUUCGACUACACAUUAACAUAAAUGUUCCAAUGGCCACUAAUUAAGAGGUAUUUUUUAUUCAAUAUUUUAAAGGAAUGAAUGGAGUAUUAAUUGAAGAUACUCCUUCUUUAUUCACUUGCGAUGAGAUGGAUGAUGAAUGCAUAAUCGUGACUUAAGAAACAAAAGUGACAAAAAAAUGGAAAGAUAUUAGAAAAGAAUAUCAGGAGUGGAGGUUUUAGGAAAUAAGUGCAUCAGAUUAGUAAAAUGUUAAAGAAAAAAUGAUGAAAGUAUGGAAUUAAGGAACUGGAUAAAUGGUAUGCGAACAAUUAAAAAAAGUUUUAAAAAGAAAAGACAUCAAAUUUGUUCUAAAAAAUGAAUUUACAGAAGUAAUUAGAUAGCCAAAAAUUCAUUAUGUGUUUAUGCUUGAUGAUUCUGGCUCCAUGUACGGUUCUGCAUGGAAUAUGGCUAAAACUGGUUGCAUAAGUUGCAUAUCAGAAAUAUAAAAGAAUUUAAAUGCCAGAGUUAGUGUUAUUAUUUUUAAUUCAAAUGCUCGUAUAGCUAUCAAUUGCGAAAGUGUUAAUCUAGUUUAAAUGGAAUAGAGAAUAGUAUUCCAAAAUGGAGGUACUGAUUUUGCUAAAGCAUUUCAAGAAGCUUAUAAUUUAAUUAUUUAACAUCAGAACGAUGCAUUUGAAAAGUAAAAUUUUUUAAUAAACAUAGAACUGAAAUUUUAUUUUAUACUGAUGGAGGAGAUAGUUAUCCAAAAUAAUAAGUAUAAUUAUUUACUGAGCUACCAGACCAUUAAAAAAAUAGAAUAUUUGUUCAUUGCUGCACUGAAGAAUCUUCUGCUACUACAUUAUAAAUGAUUGUUUAAGAAUUUAAUUGUAGCUAAAUUAAAUCAGAAUUGAAAGAACAGUUUAAAGUAGAGGAUCUUAAAAAGACUUGGGCUGAAGUAGUUAGUAGAGAAUACCAUAACUUAAGGGGCUGA